AUGACGCCAGACUUGUCCCCUGCGACCAUCAUCUCGGCGCUCCCCGUCCUCUUCGGAGUGACCGGCACGAGUGUCGGCAUCUACAGUUUCGUGUCUCCUUACAAUGCAAUUCGUCUUUUCGGGCUCCAUAGCUCAUCUACCGAAAAGACGACUCCAUCAGAUCCUGAAGCCUUCCAGAAGUCUCUCAUCUACGCAUUUGGCUUGCGCAACAUUGGUACUGGGCUCAGCUCGCUUGGUCUAUUUGCUUUCUGGCAAUUCUCCCCCAUCUGCCAAGUGAGCCCGUUGGCUGCGGCGGUGACCAAGAGGUGUAUGGGAAUAUGUUUCAUCUUUGGAUCGCUAGUUGCUGCUGGCGAUGCAGUUAUUGUGAGGCGUUUCGCGAAUCAAGAACACGUCCAGGGAGAGACAGAGGAGAAAGCUACCAAAGCUAGCAUCAGUCAUGCUGUCACUGGCGUGGUUAUCCUCGCGACGGGUCUGUUUUUAUAUCUUUAG